UCAACCUUUAUAUAAAUCCACAUGUAAAAACAUCCUUAAACCACUCUCUCUCAAAAUCUUUGCUUCUUUCUUCAUGGAAACCUUCCUCAGCACAUCCACCUCACCGGAAACGCCAACCUCCCACGUAACACACCCACGAACGACAUCAGAAUCCAGCGAGUGGAGGAUGGCAAGGCUUGGGACAUCGGCACCGGAGCCGGAACAACUGGCUUGCGCUUGCCCCCGCUGCGAGUCAACCAACACGAAGUUCUGCUACUACAACAACUACAAUCGGUCACAGCCCCGCCACUUUUGCAAGUCCUGCCGCCGAUAUUGGACGCGUGGUGGCUCGUUGCGCAACGUCCCCGUCGGCGGUGGUACCCGGAAAUCAGCCUCCUCCCACAAGCGCUCCCACGCCAUCUCCACCGCCGCCGUCCAUAUCACUACCACAAGCAGCUUGGUUACUAAUGUAACGACUCGAGCUGAAAACCCUGUUGAGGUGAACGGGGUUUCCGUGGGUACAGGUUCGGGGUCGGGUUCUUUAAUGAACUUGAACGAUUCUGUUCUUCCAGAGACAGAGUGCUUGAGUUCUUGGUUUAGAGGGCAAAUGGGUAUGGAUUGUGGGAUUUUGCCUUUGAAUGUAAAUGAACCUGGGCCGAAUUUGAGUUAUGGGCUUGGUGUUUUGGACUGGCCCAUGGAGGCAGUCGGCGGCGAACAUGGUGGCGCCAUCGCGACUGAUGGUUCACCUAGUUGCGACACGUGGCAGAUGAAUGAGGCGGCCGAAGGUGAUUGCUUUGCUUGGCCGGAUCUCGCUAUUUCUACAUCCACAAUAGGAAAAGGUCUCAAUUGAACCCAGAAAAAAAAAAAGGAAAAAUUAUAAAAACGUGAAGGAUAAAAGGGUUUGUUUUUGGUUUUGUAAUUUCAGAGUAGUACUCUUGCUAGGGUUUAAUGGAACAACUAGGUAUGAGAUUUUGGUAAUGUACAAGAUUAGACUGCAUAUGGUUUAUAGGAGAGGCAUCAGUGGAUGAGAUGCUGGUUCUAUGGCCUCUAUAGAGUUGUAUUGUAAAUGCCAUGGGUUAUGAUGUUAUAGUUUGGGUAAUUGGCACAAACAAUUUUAUCGAUUGUU